AUGAUCAGGCUCAAGAAGGGCUAUGAGCCAUCAUGCCCCCUUUGCCGAUUCCUGGAACAGAUCGCGCAGAACAGCCCGCAGUGGCCGACACCUGUCCUGACCUUUUUACUGGCAUAUCAUGUGUGUAUUGGCUGUGGUGUCUCCAUGUUUGACUGUCCGCACCCGAACGUGGUCUUUGCAGCUGUCGGGACGGAUCGAGAGUUGCCAUUAGCCAAGCUGGUAAAACGGUCCGAGAAGGUCGAAAAGCGUCAGCUCAUCUGCACUUCCACCUCUCACCUGCAAGACGCUGGACUCAUAUUACCCAUGCACCAGGACGCUGUCCAUACCCGUUUGCAAGGGCAACAAAUAGACGCCAAUUCCAUCAACUUGGGGGCGGUAAGUAGAUGGCUGGCGACCUGCAAAAGACUUCACCCCCAGUGCUCACAACCCUGCGCCAGUGCUGGAGCCUAUCCACGGUGGUUGUUCGACUGUCAUGACAGGAGACUUGUCCGCAAUUACGGGAUCGUCGACUACACGGCUCUGAGCUAUGUGUGGGGGCCAGCCUUGUCCGCUUCAUGUCCAGGGGGGAGUCACGAACCCAACGAUGACCUCGCUUCGCUACCACAGGUUGUUGAGGACGCUAUCACGAUCACCAAAGCCCUCGAAUUUCGGUAUCUCUGGGUGGACCGGCUUUGCAUUCGGCACAAUAACAACCACGAGUUCCACCGCGAACUGAAGAACAUGGCCUCACUGUACCGUGCGGCGCAGCUGACCAUCGUCGCUCUCCACGGGGAAAGUGCAGACGACGGUCUACCAGGCGUCAGCACUGUCCGUCGUGAUGUACAGCCGUGUCUUGAACUCGGGAGCUGCCGGUUGAUCUCCACCAUGGGUUCGCUGGAGUCGGCGAGGAAUCGGUCAAAAUACAUAACACGAGCAUGGACUUACCAAGAGGAAGUCUCAUCAAGGCGGCGACUGUACUUUACACACCAGCAAUUGUACUUUAAGUGCAUGACAUCGUCGACCUGCGAGACCAUUGCCGCUCAUAGCUCGCUUGAAAGGCUCUUUGUCGAGCCGAACGCCACGUACUUUGGCGGUGCUAAGCCCGAGCUGGGCGAGCUUAACACGGCCUGGGAGCAUAUCUCCCAAGUCUCGGGAAGAAGUCUCACGUAUGAGUCGGACAGGCUGAAUGCUGUUCUUGGUCUUCUCGAAGAACCCCCCCUGUUUGAAGGGGCGUCCCGCGUCCGACAAGUAUUUGGCAUGCCUAUUCCUCCGGGCAGACGAUGGCGGGACGACAUGCUUUCACCCGAGGCACUCUUUGCUCUCACACUUCUGUGGACGAGGCGUCAUACUGACAGCCGACAACCUUGCUUUCCGAGUUGGUCCUGGGUGGGCUGGAGCGGCAGCAAGGUCACCCCCCACUUCCCCGGACAACGUUCUUCGGACCUCUCCUGGUCAAACGACGUGGAGAUAUCACUGCAAUCAUGCGAGAGAGGGGAACUGGUCCGGCUGGAUGACCUUUCGAGAUUUGCCGACGCCACGAUCGACGAAAUGCCGCGGGUUCUCCGCGUCCGGAGUCGCGGCUGUCGACUUCGCAACCUGAUUUUCAAUCCGUCCUCCACCCACCGCGUCCGGGCCAACUUCGUGUGCGGAUUGACGGAACGAUCCGUGCCCAUAGACACGGAGUUGUGCUCGGACGACGCGCUCCGACGCCUGGAGAGCUGCAGCCAGGUCCUGGCGUUGGAUUUGGUGGACCGCUCGAAAGGACACGAUCUCGACCACUCCGCUCCUCUGCUGGUGGUGGCGGCGGCGGCGCCGCGGUACGGAAACAUCAAGCUCUUUGAGCGUGUGGGGACCAUACGCCUGUCGGCGCUUCUGUCACUCAUCUACCUGGACCGGCUGAGAGUGGACCACUUUUUGUCCAAAUGGGAAACGGUGACCGUGCAGAUAGGAUGA